GUGUCAUGGAAACAAUUAUUAUAACCACUUGUACCAGGGAUCGUUUUUCCAUAGUUGUUUGUUUAACUGUACCAAAACACAUACACUUUUCUGUCGGUUGUGACCUUGCGCAAGUUCGGUUAGGCUCAGUAGCUACUGCUUUGGUACGAUCUCGGUAUUCUUUCGAUACCACGAGAUCGCCAACAAAUACAUCUCGACUACAGCCAUCAACUGCCUUCUGAUAUUUGGCUUACGGGGGGUCUAAUCGGCUAACUGGCACGUAGUCUUCCUGUAGUGGUGAUCAUAGUCAACCGCGACUCGACGUCACACAACAACUUAUUUCAGGGAGGGUUUCAAUUUCAUCUUAGAGUAUGGGAGGAAAAAAGCACAGAAAUUUUCGAAGGCCAAAAUACGAAAUCAUGCGACAUUCAAGACAUGAAUUCAAUUUCUCCGUUGUUAUAUGGUUACCUCUUUUACCACUUUUGAUUAUUUGUAUCGGAGAUUACUUCAGAAAGAAGACAUCAUCGAAAAAAGAUGUGUGCUGGGAAAGCCUGAAUAAUAACGUAUCAGUUUCAAGAGAGGCAGUGGAUUGGGUCUCAGCUGAGAUUUCUCAUCUUCGUAGAUUAUUUGACCUCAUUGAAAGUACUUCAAUCAGAACAAACAAGAAGGAUCAGAUAACAAAUGGAUGACAAAAUGGCGUGAAAGAUAACGAAGACAUCUUAACACAUUUUAUUGUAAUGAAAUCCAAGAUAUCAAUCAGUUAGGUGAUUCACUCAUUCAAUCUACGUAAACGAAUGAAAGUACUUCCACUGUGUUCGGAAGAAUAAGUAAAUAUUUAACCGCAGUUCGCAGUCUUUUUUGAUUGGUCGAAUACCGGUAAUUGGUGAGUUAUUCACUGUCCUUUACAUCAAUUUCAAACAUUUGUCACAGAUGAUACCUCCGUUUAUUUUGAUUUGAGUAUAAAUUUAGUUGGUUCAGUGGUGAAUAUCAAUCUUGUGAGUUGAUAGAGAUUUGUGGUAGAUACAACAAGAGCCACUGAACUUCGGAUGUAUCUUUUUCACUACACGGUAUCAUGAUUAACGUAUAAUAUUCUGCUUAUUAGUGUUUACAUAUUCUUAUAACCUCAGCGUUUUUUUUUAAAAAGUGAAAGUAAUUGCCUCCUACUUAUGACAACAAUGCUGUUAAAUUACUUGCGAUACUUCAUUAGAUUACGAGUUCGCCGAACCUGCUAACCUGUCUCACUGACUGGAAAGAGAGUCCAGGUUCAGAAGAGGGAAAAAUGUUUUCCACAAGCACAAACAACAAGUACAGCUCAAGUGAAUAUAUACCGCAUAAAGAUGUCUUUGAGAAACGUUACAAAAUAGCAUGUUAAAAGAGACAACGAGCCAAUAAAACUUAAGAUUCUCCCAGAUAGGAAAUACGAUAUGAAUGUGUAAAUGGACGCUUUGGCGC